AUGAGAGAUACACUAAAUGAACAAUGGAAUUCAUCUGAACAGUUAUUGAGUAAUAGAAUACAAGUCUUCAACCAUGUCACGGACUGCGAAACAUUAAAACAAGCACACGGCACUGAUGCUGAGCAAUACCUCUCUAAUUACAAGAUGCAAAGUAUCAAGAGCCAAGCAUGUAGAAAAACAAAUGUGGCUGACGCUCUAUCGACUAUUCAAACGACUAUUUAUGACUAUGGAAAAAUACAAUACCAUAAGUGUACAUCAAAUUGGAACAAGCCUAGAUUGAGGGAAAUUAAUGGAAUACAGAAAGCUUUAGGGACAUGCAUAAAUAUUAGCAGGAAGCAAGGUGUUCACUCUGUCAUUGCUUUAGAAGCAGCUGGAUUGCACUAUACCAAUGUUGGGGAUACUACUCGUUGCGACCGAUGCCAAUUAGAAGUAACCGGUUGGACACUGGAUAUGCACCCGUUUAAAGUUCAUGCAGAUCUUAGACCAAAUUGUGAAUUCGUUAAAAAAUUAAAACCAUUGGCAGAAUUUCAGCACUCCAAUGCACUGCAAACUGAAGCAACUUGUGCUACUCUAUCUGUUACAAACGCAAGUGGUUUAGAGAAGCCUUCGAAACGUCAAAAAGUAGAAGUUAUGAAUCGGGACAUAAUUGCACCAGCUUUGAUUGAGGUAGAUAUGAUAAAACAAAUACGUCGGCGAACUUUUUCACAUUGGAUGCAUCGAAAUUCUCCAAUACAAGCACAAAUUAUUGAAGCUGGAUUUUUUAAUUGUAAUGUUGGCGAUCGAGUGAUUUGUAUUUAUUGUGAUCUUGUUUGUCAGCAGUGGACGCCACAUACAGACGAUCCAUGUGAAGUGCACAGAGUACUUUCGCCUAGAUGUCCUUUCGUAGUGAACAUGUUAAUGCGCCGUGAAGCUGUAUCACUUUCAAUCAUUAAUCAAAACUCGGAAGCCAAUGGAACAUCAGCACCUACUGCUUCCGAUGCAUUUCACUCACAUGAGAUAGUCCGUGCCGUUGCUUGCAACUCAUACUAUCUAGAGAUUCCAAAGCGUUAUCAAUCAUUUGCUACAUGGCCUAACGAUCCACUUCCUUCAGCUGAUGAUCUUGUUCGUGCUGGGUUCUACUACACGGGUACUGGAACGAUAGUUACUUGUUUCUUUUGUAAUGGUUCGCUACAGAAUUGGGGUGUGAAAGAUAAUCCAGCCAUAGAGCAUGCUCGGUGGUUUCCCCAUUGCGGAUAUGCUAAACAACUCUGCGGAGAAGAUCUCUAUCGAAAAAUUCAAGAAUCAAAACGGAGUUCACAAGAGCGUACUAGAUCCAUCCAGUCACCCACUAAUCCUACUGGUAGUGUCCAAAAAUUGCAGAUAUCCGAUGAAGCUACAUUGUCACGUUUCGUUGCGGCACGUCUCGAUUUACCCGUAUCACAAAAGUUGAUCCUUGUUCAUAAUUAUAAAUUAUCAAUCGUUAAACGUUGCUGGGAAGAUCAGUUACGAUUGAAAUUGGAUGAUUUCUAUACUGAUUGUGAUCUAAUGAUGGCUUGUACUAUUUUACAGAAGCAAAUCAGUUCUAUCAAUGGCAAUAAAGAGAAAAUCAUAGUGCCCAGUGUCAAAAUGCGACAGAUACGAGAAAAAUUGCAAUCAGAAAUUGUUUCUUCACAACCAUCAAUUCCGGCUUCUUCCGCAGUAAUCUCGAUCAAUUCAUCAAAUACUUCAGAUGUUGACAUGACCACUGUAUCGCAAUCAUCUGUUACUCAAGCAAAUGUGAAAAUACCUACCAAUCAAGUCGUUGGUGAGACAAAAAUAUCUCAGAAAACUUCAACGGCGAAUAGUGUUCAAUCUAUUCAAUUGGACAACACAGAUUCAAAAAACACAUGCGCACUUUGCAUGACCGAAGAAAAGAGUCUCGCUUGUAUUCCAUGUGGACAUCUCUCAACAUGUGUUGCAUGCGGUCAUUCAGUGCGAUCAUGUCCAAUAUGUCGGCAGAAAAUAGAAGCAUACGUUCGCGUAUAUAUUUAA